AUGUGUUUAUUAGAAAACGAACAGUCGUCUUCUAAUAAUGUAUGUCAAGCAAAUAUGAUUAUCAAAAAACGAUUAGAAGCAAAUCGUUUUUACGACUUUACAAUAGAAUCAAAAAACCAAAGAGGUGAAACCUCCUUACUCGACUGUUCAUUUCGUGCCACAAACGCAACAACCCCCCUGGAGAAAAUUUUUCCGGGUGCGCCAAGUCUUCUUUCAAUAUCUGAAAGUGCAAGGAGAAACACUGAACUUGGAACAAUCCGAGCAACGGGGAAUCCAAGACGUCCUACGCCAGCUCUAUUAGAAUUAUGGGGUUCGCCCGAGUUUGGACUUCAUCAGAAGUUAGUGACUGACAGAGAUGCUGAAGGGACUGUUGUACUACUCAGCUCUUUGGAUUAUGAGAAGAAGACUGUACACCACCUUACAAUUUUUGCAAAUGAUCCCUGGACCAACAUGGCCGAAGAUACGAGAAAUAUAGCAGGUUGGCCAUUGUUGAUAUCAGUAUUAGAUGAGCAAGAUACUCCUCCUGUGUUUACCAUAGCACCCCCAACAACCACUCUUAGUCCAAAUUUAAGUUCAGGUGAUUUAAUACUCAGAGUACAUGCCGAAGACGGCGACAAAGGAAAUCCAAGAGAUAUUCGCUAUGGACUCGUUCCAGAUAAAAAUCCGUUUGUCACAUUUUUUAGCAUAGACGAGACAACGGGCGAACUUCGGCUGGCUCGUCCGCUGUCAGAGAUUCUUUCAAUAUCACACACCGGUCAGCCGAUACUUCUAACAGUAGUGGCAGAAGAAGUUAGAUCGAAUCCAAAAGAAGCUCCAGCACAAUCAACUACGGUUCAGUUGGCUUUAAUCCCACCCGGUGUUACUGCUGGUACACCCACUUUUGGAGCUAUUGAGUACAACACUCUGCUGGAUGAAAAUUCACCAAUAGGAACUGUGCUAGAUCUUCCACAAGCUGAAAUUUCGAUUCAACCUGGAGAUGUGGUUACACUGGAAUUACUGAAUAAUAAUGGUACCUUUGAAAUCAGUCCUAAAGUCGUGGAAAGUAAUACAAAGUUUCAAAUAUCCGUGAGAAACCCCAAAUAUUUAGAUUAUGACGAAAGACAAUCAGUUGAAUGUUACAUUAUAGCUAAAGAGUUAAGUGCUGGAAAUUAUACCGCCAAAGCAAAGUUAACAGUACUUCUAAAUGACGUGAAUGACAAUCCACCGAAGUUCUCGAAAGAUAAAUAUUAUGGUACUGUUCAGGAACAUGCUAAAGUCGGUACCCACAUUCUUGUAGUAGAAGCAGUUGAUGUUGAUACAAACCCAAACAGUAAGAUUCAAUAUACAAAGCUUACUGGCAAGGGAAGCGAACUUUUUAAUUUAGAUUCAGAUACAGGAUUGAUUACUGUGGCCGACAGCGUUAAAUUGGAUGCUGAAGUUACACCACUAAUAACACUAAAAGUAGAGGCUGCUGAUGAUAAUGGUCAAGGACUUAAAGCUAACAGUACUGUUGAAAUAAAACUAGUAGAUAUUAACGACAAUCCACCAAUUUUUGAGAAAGAAGUUUACGAAUUCAUAUUAAAACCGGAUAGAACAGGUUUUACAUCUCCUGCUUUCAUUAAAGCUACAGAUAAAGAUAUUUCUUCCCCAAACAACGAAAUACAUUAUGAAAUUAUAAACCUACCAGCAAAUCUUUAUAUCGAUGAAGCCUCUGGUGAACUUUUAGUAACAAAAACAUACGAUAUCGAUGAUAUAGUAACUUUAAGAGCAAGAGCAUGGGACGGAGGAGUACCUAGGUUGUACAACGAAUCUGAAAUUAGGGUAUAUCCACCUGAAGGACAAUCUCGGAAAAUGGUAUUUAUAGUGCCUGGUUCAAAUCCUGAUAAAUUGAUUAUAGCAGAUACUUUAAGAACUUUAACAGGUGGGAAAGUUGCAAUUGAUCGAAUUAGACCUUACACUGGCUACGAGCCUGGAGCAACAUAUGUAACUCAUGAUGAUGAUAAAGACAGGAGCGUUGUAGAAGCAACUGUAACAUUUUCGAAGGGAACUGUUGUCGAUCUAGACGAAAUUACAAAAAUUAUAAAUCAAAAAGUACAAGAACAUCGAGUAAAAGAAGUAGAAAAAGAAAAAGAACGUGAAAUUAUCAAAAUACAAGAAAGUAGCAGCACAAAUCUUACGUGGCUUCUUAUUCUCUUCUUAGUCCUUCUCUUACUUGCCAUUCUAAUAAUGGUAAUCUGCUGUUUAUGUAGGCCUUGUCCCUUGUACCAUUACUAUACAUUUUACAGGAACAGAAAAGAAACUCCAAGCGUUGAAAAAGUAGAAAAAGUUCGUAUAAUUGGAGCAGGUGAAGGUAGAGAUAGUAAGUCGGUACAAGUUGCAGAAUGGUUUGGUAGAAAAGAAGCGUGGACACCUGAUCAAGAUGUUGAAGCAGAAUCUUUAAGACGGCAUGAGGUUGAUAGAGGAUCAGAUCAAGGAGGAGUAAAAAGAACAAUCCAGAGACAGAGUGAAGUCCAACAAGAACCGUUAAGAGACCAAUAUUAUAUACGAGAAGGCAACGCUGAUAUUUUAAGACUGAUAACAAGAGGAGGUGAGCCUCAAAGGGGAAUGAAUAUAGCUACAGAACAACAGUAUAUGGCUGCUGAUACCGGAAAGGAUAUUUUAAUGCGACGGUAUAUUGAGCAGCAGCAAGCAGAUCUUAGGUCUCAGGUUCUUCUACCAAAUGCAGUUAGAGCUCAAAGUGAGCAUGAACUGUUAGAAGCGUCGCUUCGCCAACAAAAUGCAUUGCUGCGCCAAAUUCUUUUAGAUAGAGAAAGAGAUUUACGUUUAGAAACCCAGUCCUUGCCAGCCGGUACGCAAACCGAUCAAGAUGCAGGAACACAGACAGAACCAGAACUCCUCAAACCUCCAAAGCGAGAAAUUCGUUCUGAUAACGAUCAAAGCGAGUACAGUGACGAAGAAGAUGAAUUAGCCAUUAUUAAAGCUAGGGCAAAGAGAAGGAAUGGUCGCAAAACGCAUAUUAAAAGAAAAAUUAAAACACCAAUUCAAGAAGAAGUGGAAUUAGAAAUAGAACAUCCUCAUAAGGAAAUUGAUAAAUAUAGAGAGAGUAGAGUUAGUGAAGUAAGGCAAAAGCGAGCUCCAAGUGAAACAAUGUCAAUCGAUACUUAUUCUUCCAAGUCAGAACUAAAAAAAGAAGUCUUAGAAGAAUUGCUAGCAUCCUUAGAACAAAGUUUUGAUAGUGAUAGUGGAGAAUACCACAGAAAAAAAGAAAGAUUGAAAUACCUAUUAAAAAAAGACAUAUUUUCUGAUGACAGUCUCGAGAUUAGUGGAAAAUCUGAUGAAAAGACUAGCACAGAUUCUAGUAAACAAAGAUACCAUUCGGAGAUGGAUUUAAGAAUAAUAUCUUCCAGAAAUCGAAGAAAAUCAUCAGACAGUUCAACAAGACCUUCUAAACUAAAAUCAAGAAGCCAGAUGGACCUUACUCAAAUUUCAGGAAGUAAAAAAUCCAAAUCGUCUGCUAGAAAAAUAAACGGUGGACCUAGAUAUAUGGAUUGGUACAAGAAAUCCGACGAAACCAAAUUAAAAAACAAAGAAGUACAAGAAGGAAGAAAAAAAGAAGCUAAAAAAGAAGUCAAAGAUUCCAAAAAUUCCGGUACUAAACCCGCAGUUAGUUCAAGACUAUUAAUGGAUACCGAAUCCAGUAAAAAUAAAAAAGUCGACAAUAAGAAGAAUUCUGUUGGUCCCGAUCAUCCCCUUCUUCAACAUUCUGAAUAUAGAUUUGAAGGCCCGCAUCUCUCGGCUCCGAAUCAAGCCAAAAGGCCUGAUGAAGAUAAUGACUCUGGAAUUGCUUUAACUAAACCACCAAUAGCUCAGAAAAAAAGUGUGUUCACAAUUGCUUAUGACGAUAUGCAUACUAACCAACUUAGAGCAGACAGUACUACUUCUCCAUAG